AUGGCGGCAAAAAGGGCAGUAUUGCAGUGUGGAGAUUGUGAAACUCUACUUAAGUCCGCAGAAGAAGCUCAACAGCAUGCAAAGAACACAUGCCACACCAACUUCCGUGAGUCGAAUGAAGCCAUUCUCACCCUCGUGUGCACUGUUUGUCGCAAAACUUGCACCUGUAAAACUUUAGUAAGUUUUAUGACAAUUGUACCAUCCAUACAGCUUAGGAAUGUUGCCACUGAAAUUCUUGGAAAUACUAUUCCUCUUACAGAGAGUGAUUUUCAUGCGAAGAGGACUGGGCAUACUGAAUUUCAGGACAGGACGGAAGAGGCGGUGGAAGAGGAGGCAAGAAGAGUCCUGGUGAAAUACUGUCAGAAACUGGCAGAAGCUAUUAAGAGUUCAUUGCCAGUCAGUCCAGCUACAAAAGCUGAGCAGAUGAGUGAGUGCCUGCGGACUAUCAAACAGAAUCAAAUGGAUGAUGAGGCCAAACUCAAGACCGCUUUUAACACACUGCUAACUUUUGCUAAGAAUGUGGCGACAAAUCCGGAUGAGGAGAAAUACCGUAAAAUUAGACUCAGUAAUGCUCUUUUCCAGGAUAGGGUUGGCAAACUGCAAGGAGGCAUCGAAUUUCUUGAGCUAUGUGGAUUUGAAAGAAUUGAAGGGGGUGAAUUCUUGUACUUGCAAAGAGAAAAAGUGGACAUGGAUGUGCUUUAUUCAGCUGGGAAUGAGUUGAACAAUGCAAUUAUGUAUGAUUCAUACAUUAGUUAAACAAUAAAAGAAAGCGUAUCAAGUUGUGUAAGUAUAACAUGGUUUCUCUUUAUAUAUGGAUAGGGAUUUCGAAGUGAUGAUGAGGUUGGAAGAUAUAUUUUUCUUUUUGAAUUUAAAUGGAGAAACAUGAUUAGUUAGAAUUCAUAUAGUCAAUCCCAAUUUGUUUGAGACUGAAGUAUAAUUGAUAUUGUGGUUGUUGUUGCCUGAAUUUUCUUUUAGGUAGAAAAUAAUAAAACAAAGCGUAUCAAGUUGUGUAAGUAUAGCAUGGUUUCCCUUUGUAUGGAUAGGGAUUUCGAAGUGGUGAUGAGGUCGGAAGAUUUGGUGAUGAGGUUGGAAGAUUUUUUUUUUUUUUUUUUGAAUUUAAAUAGAGAAACAUGAUUAGUGAAAAUUCAUAUAGUCGAUCCCAGCUUGUUUGAGACUGAAGUAUACAAACGAUAUAGUAUCCGGAGAUUUUCAAGAUAAAAAUUAAAUGUGAGUAAAAGAAUUUUUUGUCUAUUGCACUUGCGCAUAGGAGGUCCAUCGAAACUUCAUGGGGAUGAAAAACGGA